GCUCGCGCGCUCAUCUCCAUCAUCCUCUCGCUACUGAGAAAAAAAAACCCGCCAGCGCGAAACAGAUGGGAAGGCACCCGCGGAAUUUGCGACCGUUACCGAGAAGAGAAUAGCCGUCAGAACUUAACGGACAGCGAAAAGAAGUUCAAUUUGUCCAGAAGACUUCUGGACUGAAAACCUGAGGACAUUUCACGUCUGUUUACGACUGGAAAAGGCAGGGUGGGCAAUGCCAUUCGGCUGUUUAAAACCUGGCGAGAAGAAGGACUACAGCAGUCCAACAGAAAUCACAGACAAAUAUGAUCUGGGCCAGAUUGUUAAAUCGGAGGAGUUCUGUGAGAUCUUCAGGGCAAAGGAUAAGAACACACUGAAAAUGUACACCUGCAAAAAAUUCCUCAAGAAAGAUGGAAGAAAGGUGCGGAAGGCUGCCAAAAACGAGAUCCUCAUUCUAAAGAUGGUGAAACACCCCAACAUCCUCCAGCUGGUUGAUGUCUAUGAGACCCGGAAAGAGUACUACCUGUUCCUUGAGCUAGCCACAGGUCGGGAGGUGUUUGACUGGAUUCUGGAUCAAGGCUAUUAUUCUGAGAGGGACACCAGCAAUGUUAUCAGACAGGUGAUGGAGGCAGUUGCUUACCUGCACAGCCUGAAGAUUGUUCAUAGGAACCUGAAGCUUGAGAAUCUGGUGUAUUACAACCGACUGAAACAUUCCAAAAUAGUCAUCAGUGAUUUCCAUCUGGCAAAACUGGAGAAUGGACUCAUCAAGGAGCCCUGUGGAACCCCAGAGUAUCUGGCCCCAGAGGUUGUUGGGAGACAGAGAUAUGGCCGAGCUGUGGACUGCUGGGCCCUUGGUGUGAUCAUGUACAUACUGCUAUCCGGAAAUCCUCCUUUCUAUGAUGAAACAGAUGAUGAUGAUUAUGAAAACCAUGACAAGAACCUCUUCCGGAAGAUUCUUGCUGGAGACUAUGAGUUUGACUCACCAUACUGGGAUGAAAUCUCAGACUCCGCUAAAAACUUAGUGUCACGUCUUAUGGAGGUGGACCAGGAUCAGAGACUGACUGCACAAGAAGCCAUCAACCAUGAAUGGAUAUCUGGAAAUGCUGCAUCAGACAAGAACAUCAAGGAAAACGUGUGUGCACAAAUCGAGAAGAACUUUGCUAAAGCUAAGUGGAAGAAAGCGGUACGUGUCACGACCAUGAUGAAGCGUCUCAGGGCACCAGAGCAUCAGACGGCGGCACCAGCAGCAGCAGCACCUGGUGUGUCUAACCCUGCAGCAGGGGCACAGGAAAACCCUCAAGCUCCAUCAGAGGCCUCCACAGCCCCAUCGAGUACUGCUGAAAGCAACUCGACGAGCACAGAAGCCCCCGCCGUGGAAGCAGCAGCACCAGCUGAGCCUGUUCUUCACACCCCAGCUCCAGAACAGCCCGAUCCUACACCGCCAUGCAACGGAGAGGCUGUAGCCCCCCUGCCAUCAGACACAGGGGAGGGACAGAGCGGUUAAUCUUGCUACCUCUCUCCCACCUGCGUUUAGAGCCCACACACUUGUACAUAAGCAGCAAGCAUGCUAAUACUGAUCCCGCAGCACAUAGCAUUAAUCUCAACACGCUCUAUCGUGAGCCGACUUCUAAAACAUUUCCCAGCAAGCAUCUGUUUUCUAUUGAAUCACAAAGCUGUGUGACGUGUAUCGAAGGCUACUUUAACUUUGCGCAAAAGAAGAAAAAAGCUAUUUUCUGCUUACAUUAAGCCAAGAUUGGAAUCUUUAGCACUGAUCCGCAUACAUGUUUUAGGAUAGAUGAUUAAAGCAGGCCUCAUUUUAUAAAAGUACUUUUUUUAUUUUAUUGCAUCGCAGUUUGUUAACGUCCGUCUUGAGCAGGUGCACCGAUACACAGCUUUGUGUGCGAUGUAUAGUUUCUGUAAAUAGCUUACUAACCUCUGUAGAUUAGACGUAGCCAAGAACAGCAUGCUUUUACAAAUCUGCUGUUUACGACACCAGAUAACUGCUACAUUCAGCUUCAGCUUUACAUGGACAUUUCAUGUCUUGAUCGAACACACGCUCAUGAAAUGUUGUAAUCAGUUUAAGGGGAUUUAUAUGAAAAAUACUUCGGCAGCAACUAAGGCGGCUAAAUUCAUCUCAUAAUGGCAUUUUAAUGGUUGAGACAUGUGGCCCAAUAAAUGGAGCAGAUUAGGUAAACAUAAGAAAUACCUCAGAUCUGCUUGGUAGCUAGCCACAUGAACAGUGGAAAAUGUGAUUUCUUCAUAUAAUGUAUUAUAUACUCAUUUGCAUACAUUUUACAUGUAUUGAGUAAUAAUAUACUUGUCCAUUUUAAAAGUACACAGGCCUAUAGCCACACACAGUGAUCUUUGUUUUCAACAGAAUUUCAUCUGAGGCAUAGAUGUACAUUACUACUCCUUUGAGACCCUUCAAUAUAUUUAAUCCUUACAUUUAUAUUUUCAUUGCAUCUCAUUUUAUUAAUCCAUAAUGCACUUAAAUAUAUUCUGAGAUAUUUCAUUUAUUACAUUAUUUUAAAUUAUUCCAAAUAUGUAACAAGGAUCAUAUAUUGACUUUUUCCUGUCAAGUGCAGUGUUAAUUUUGACAGCAAAUUCAGAUUUAGUCUUAGUCUUAGUCUUUUGAAUAACACACCAUUUAGUUUUAGUCACAUUUUAGUCAUCUGAAAUGUUUUAGUCUUAGUCUAGUUUUAGUCGACUAAAUCUCAUAAGAGUUUUAGUCUUAGUCUAGUCUUAAGUCUUUUAGUCUUAGUCUAGUUUUUUUUUAGUAGAACAAAGUCAACUUAGUUGACUUGACUAAAUGUUUCCAUCAGUCUGUUAUGGAAUGGUAUUUAGAAAAUAAACAUAAGGCCUGCUCUCAAUGAAAAAUAUACAUGCUCUCUGAAAAAGAUCAUUCGUCCUGAAUGAUAUGCAAUGCAUAUGACAUUCUUUCAAGAUGAAGUACAGUAUUAUUGAAAUAGACAACCACCUAUAUUAUAUUUGUAUUGUAUGUUCAAUCUAUUUCUUUAUUUGUGCUAUUUACACAAAGUUUAAAUUUUUUUAAGUUUGUUUUUGUUCAUUUAAAAUAGCACUGCAUAGUCUUCACUGUAAAAUAAAAUACACAAUCAAACCAAAAUGUAUUCAGACACCUUCAACGUUUCUUACAAUAUCACAGUUUAUUUGCUGUAGUUUAGAAAUUGGUAAUAAAAUAUGACAAUAACUCAGGGUUAAACUGUGUCAGAACAACAAAUUCAUCUUGAUAAUGUCUGAUGCAAUGCUUAAUUUGGUUCAGUCUGUGGUGUGAAAAGGUUGCAUUAGAAAUUAAAGAAAGAAACACUUAAGCAAAACAUGCUCAGGUCCCUAAUAAUUUUUUUGUAUUAAUUUUUUAGUCACUAGUAAAACAGUAUAAUCUAUUCUAUCUGAUUUUCGGAUUGACUUUGGAUAAAUUCUUGUUAAAACUACAAAGUAAUUCAAUCAAGAGCAGUGAGUGAUUUACUUUCAUUUUCAUACAUUAAAGACACUGACAGCAGAGCUAGUAAAUUAGGCGCGGUCACUUUAAGAGACAAAUGCAUCCAUUAUAAAGAUACGCAUCCGAUUUCUUUCCAACGCUUUACUUUCACUGAAGACAUAACUACAGACUUUUUCGAACACACUUUCCAAGACUGGUAUUUCGACAUAUUUAGUAUGUAUUUGUUGUCGGUACAAAAGCAAGAAGACUUUGAGACGCGUCUCUGCUUGCUCCCUGAACACCAGAACACCGCGCUGCUGAAUUGAGCUCUUUCACUUUUCGCUCUAUUUCUUAUGUUUAUUUAAAAUGCGAUUUGUAUUUGUUCGUUCAGGGUGCAAGAGGACGCAAACGUCCUGAAAGAGAGCUCGGUUCAGUGUUACGCGAGUAACCAGCUGCUCUGCUCAGUUCAUCUUUCCCGCAUCGCGGGGCUGAAGCCAACUUGAUGUGUUGAAUGCUUGGAGCACGUUAUAAAACGUAUUCUUAAAAUACACAUUUCUGUUUUAAUAAAUGCUCAUAUUAAAACAUAGCAUUACACAUAAGUAGGUACAAAAAUAAUCAGUGAUACAUUUACGAACUCAUAAAAAUUUGGGUCGCAAUGGCAUUUCAAAAGGUUGCAGUGUAGUUCCCUGUGUAAACAACUUAACUGUUAUGAAAACGUCCUCGAAACUGUGCGAAUUUCUGCAAACUCAUCUUUGUUCUCUUUUCUGUGUAACUGCUGCUGCUUUGUUUAGCUGUUGCGCUUGCAUUUGCCGCGGCUUUUUAAAAUGGCUCGGCUGCUUCUGCAUAGAUCAACCUACCCUCAAAGAUUCGCUCUGAUUGGACCUCUUCUCCAUUCGUCCCGCCCAUAUAUUUUCGUCUCAUUUUUAUUCGUUGACUAAAGUGUCAGUUAUAUUUCGUCACGUUUUUCGUCAUCAUAUCUGACUUUUUAUUUAGUUUUUAUUUAGUUUUCGUCCGUGAAAAAGGUUAGUUGACGAAUAUUUUUCGUCAUAGUCUUCGUCAACGAAAUUAACACUGGUCAAGUGAUUCACUUUUAUUUAUUUAGAGCUAAACAUGAAACAGAUUGUUUCAAAGCAUUAUACUACUUAAUUUGCACCCCAAUAAAAAAGGUUAAAAAGAAAAAUAAAUCUGGUGAUUGUAUGUAAAUUUCAAAAUUCAUAAAUGAUGUGUUUAGGAUUAUAUUAAACAAAACAUGUAAGAAUCAUGAACUUAUUGUUAAACUAAUUUCUGCAAUAACUAAAAUCCUAUUGGCUGUUCAUCAAGGGAAUCAGGGUGAUAACUUGGGUUACAAAAAUACAUCCUCCCUGCAGCGCUCUACAUUGGUUUGAUAUAUUCCUGCCUAAAGCAGAUAGUCUUAAACACUAAUGAUCCUAAUUAAGUCUAGCCCCAUUAACCAAACCCUAACCUUAACGAUUUAAGAUUUUAGCCGAUAGGUGUUUUUUCCGUCUUUACUUAUUUUAUAAAAAUGUCUGCUGUCAGCAGACACCUCAUCUUUCACACAGAUCUUAUUCAUUAAAUGUUCACGCUUCACUAGUACACUAUGUGGAGUUUACUGUCUGUUACUCUUGAUGGCAGUACUGAUUCAUAUCUUAUUUGAUGCAUUCUACAGUACAUUUAAAGCUUAUUAUGUGCUGUCAUGACUUUUACAUGAACAGGUUGAUGUUUUUGUUUUCAGCAUACAAAAAUAUUUCAAUUUUAGCACAGAGAAAUGACAGGUGAUGCAGGAUUAAAAGAACUUAAUGAAAGCAAAAUGAAACGGUUGACCUCUUAAUAUGAGCAAUAGUCUACAACUGCGAUACUGUGAUGCUACUCUCAAUGUCAGUGUCCAUGUGAACACUCAGUUUCUGAUUGGCAUGUCCUCUGUUGAAGCUGACAAUGAAGGGUGAGAAGCUAGAGAGAUGAAUGAAAGUUCACCUAUUGUACAAUUAUUAAAUAUAGGUGAACAAAAACAGUGAUGAAAGUUUCCCCUCCAGUGGUCAACAAUGUGUAAUUGUUGUGCAGUGGUGACAUGCUGUAAUUUUCUAAACAUGGCAGGAGUCAGUGGAGGUUUGAAAGUAGAAGGCCUUGAUAUGCAGUUAUGCUGUCAGUUGAUUUGAAGAUGAUGCACAGCAUGGGCUGGCACGGGUUUCUACGGAAGUCAGCUUUGAUAUACAUCGGUGUCACUGUCAGUUUGUAUCUUUCACUUCUUUUAUCUUCUUAAAUAUUUCCUUUCCUUUCCUAAAAUCUGUUUCAUACCUUUAUUUGUUCGAUCUACUCAGAGACUUUGAGAGUUUUUUUUUUUGUCUUUUGAUUUUGUAUAAAAAUGCUAAAGCUCACACCAUUAAGACCUACAAUAAAUCAGUGGUAAGUAAUGUUUCAUGUGGGUCUUGAAGAGUAAAAAAAAGAAAACAUGUUUUUAUAGCAUUCAUGUGUACUGAAACCACAGCUAGAUACUGUGUUAAACAAUUAAAAGCAUUUUUUUUUUUUACAGUGCUUCACUAUUGCCUUUGGUGUUCGAUGUCUGUUGAUUUCCUCAUUCUCUCUGAUGUUCUUCUCAGAGUGGUUGACUGUGAACCUGUGAAUACACUGAGGACUGGCCUCUCUUCACUUUAACCUCUGUAUUCUUCAACUGACUUUCAUGCUUUCAAAAUAAACACAUCCUGAAUGAUCAUA